AGCGGCUGCUGUGCUGCGCGGCCUUUUUAGUCUAAUGUCACUUCUUUGUACACGCAGACUAUCACCCAUUCUUCAGGCAGGGGGCGGGAGAGAGAUACUGUUGAGCAGACCAACUGCAGACUCUUGGAAAUCUGCUCCACCACCUCCUCCUCCACCAUCACCGCUGCGUAAUCAGGCAGGUCCAGGGCUGAGGCGCACCGAGCCACACAGCGCUUUGCUUAUUGAUAAGACUCCUUGGAAGAAGAGGACAGCAAACUAUGGUGCGACGUUAUUUCAGACUGAACUUUGGGACGCAUCACGGUUAAAGAGAGCCUUGACUAACGCGGAAAGAGAAGUGGAUUUUUAAAGAAAUUAUCCUUGGAAUAAUUCAAACUUUACUUACUUAAUAUUUUUCCACAACAGGAGUUUUUUUUAAUAUAUUUUUUUAAAACACAACUAAAAGUUGGGGGUCCAACUUUCUUCUUCUCCUUCUUCUUCUUCGGAUAUCUCCACUGAAGAGUCAACAGUGGGGACAGACCGUCUACGCGCGCGCAGUUCCGCAGGGCGAGCCGCUGUCCCCCCGCGCGCAGUGCUGAGGACUGAGGGACUCUCGCGCUUCCAUAAAUGCCCGGUCCGUCGAAGAGGCUCGAGGCUGGGCAGCAUGAUGAGCUCGUGGGUACAGCUGCUGCUCGCGUUGCUGGCGACGUGUCUGCGGUUUGGCGUAGCCGAGGGGGACCCUCUGCCUGCAGCCCUGGUGGAGCUGGUUAGAAACAGCCCCAUCUCCUCCAUAGAGGACCUUCAGCUGCUGCUGCUCUCUGACUCCGUAGAUGAGGAGGACGGCACGUCUGCAGCCAAUGGAGGUCAUAGACUACCAAGGAGCCUUGAUGCCCAGCCAGCUCAGCAGGCUCUUUGUAAAGUCCGUACAGAGGUGGUUGAAGUAACCAGGGGGAUGUUGGACCGUAGCAAUGCGAACUUCCUGUUAUGGCCGCCCUGCGUUGAGGUGCAGCGCUGCUCUGGCUGCUGCAACGCCAAGAGCCUGCAGUGUGUCCCUGUUGUUACGCACACCAGAUACCUGCAGGUCAUGAAGAUCGAGUACAUCAACAAAAGACCCACCUACGCUAAAGCAGUGGUGUCAGUGGUUGAUCACGUGGAGUGCCGAUGUCAGCCCGCUCCACGUCCCCCUGUGGCCAAGAAAAAAUCAGCUCGCAGACAGCACAGCCACCAGCAUCGAAACCAGACGCUCAGCCAAGGACAUGAACAGGUCAAGGUGCACACCAAGGAUGAGCUCCAUCAGUGGGAUGAGCUGAAGCAGAACCAGAGGGCCCACCUGGAGGAUCUCCUGGAGCAGCACUGGAACCCAAGAGGAGACACCUUCACUCAGCCUGGAGAAGGGUACAGCCUUGCUGGGGAGGAUGCAUCUCGCUCUGGAGAGGCUAUUCUUUAUGGUCCACACUGGGCACAUAACUCCACAAGUCUCCUUGGGACUAAAGACCAAACUGAGAAUCUGGAGAGUGUGGAGGGGAAGAAUGGUAGGAUCUCAGAUGGCAACAAGACUGUUUCCUCAGUGGAUAAUGUUGAGGUAAAGAACAAGUUGGUAGAAGGUGGGGAUGGGUUGCUGCUCAACAGGACUGAAGGGAAAGUUAAUGAGGAGAACAGGAGCAGGGGCGAAGGCACACAAACACAGAGUCCGUUAUCGCAAGAAGACAAAUCCAAAUUUUCAAAGAGCCACACGAGUGGUUUCUCUCACCCUGUUACUCAGAAUCCUCAAGUCAAGUUCAGUCCUACUGAGGCAACCAAUGAGAGAGUUGGGAUCAGGUUCAAACCAACCAAAGAGCCGAGUCCAGAGCCUCGAGAACAGGAGAAGCGGAGAGACAAUGAGACUCCUGAGGAGGUGAGGAUAUUACAGACUGAGGAGGAAAAACUGGAGCAGGAGAGAAAAGAGCUUCUACUUCUCCACAAGAGGCUGGACCAAGAGAAGGAGAUACUGAGACAGCAGCAGAUGAAACGAGAAGAGGAGGAAAGGCAGAAGGAAAAGGAGACGGAACAUCACCCUCAUGGUAAACAUCACCAUCAUCUGCAAACAACAACACAAAAACCAGCAACAACAUCUACAACUACCACACGGCAGCCAUCGGCUCCAGCAGGCCCCAGACCACCAGCCCGUCCAAAGAAAAAGAUGAGGAAGAAUCGCAAACGGAUCAGCAAGGCAGCUAUGAGAGCAAUGCUAAUGUAGAACUAAAAUAAACCCAGGGACACAAAGUAAACUUGGUGUAUUUCGUGGAUCCAGAGGUGAAGCAGAGUGACUCCCUUCAUAUAAGUAUUUAUUCACUUGUCAGUAACCUGCUCGUCCUGUGAGAUCUCCUCCGUAACACUACUAAUGACUGUCUGGUGAACCUGUAACUACACCUGUAUGGAGUUAAGAGGAGGGUAAGGAGAAAAUGGAAUACUAAUAGACGGUGGACCUUGUCAAGAGAACACUUGCCUCUACAACGACAGUUGCUGGUAUGAAGUAUUGAGUGGCCUGUGGAGUACCUGACGGGGACUGAAACUGCAUCGCUGUAGAACUGUGGAAAAUAGUGCAAUUUCAAAACUCUAAUGGAAACCUUUGUUUUUGAUAUCAACAGAGAGAAACUGCACUUAUACGUUGGCAGAACUGAGUCUAUAUGGGGGUUGAAAUGACAAAGUUUGUUGCUGAAAGACUUGAUUUAUGUGACAACCACAAUCAGACUGGACUACAAAGUGGAAAAAAAAAAUGGACAUAAAAAUAAAUCUGUUGUAUUGUGUUUGGAUAAUCUUCGAGACAAUCAUCAAUAUACUUCAAGAACAAGUAAUGUUGACUUAAAAUAAGCAGUAUUUUCACUGAGGGGCUCAGUGUUGGGAAGAUGAAGCUGUGUAGAUUUACCGUACCAAGGCCUGAUAUCAUUUAUUAGCUCCGCAAGACAGCGAUGGUCUCUCUUUAACCAUAUUUAAUUAUAUUUAACUCAUUGCAAACACUGGAAUCAUACAGAUUAGAAAACAAACAAUCUCAUCACAGGUGUGAAGAAAAAAAGGUGCUAUCAGAAUCGUAGGUGAUAGCGUCAUACUUGUGACCUGUUUUCUUAUUUAUUUAUCUUUACCAUUACUGUGGACUAACUUUCUGUACAAAUGCUGCAAACAAGAAGACAGGCGUGGUUGAGAUAUGUAACGAUGCUUCACGACGGCUGGGUUGUUGAAACAGAAAGAGAUUGAACAAAACCUUCUGUGAGCCCCCGGAUCAUGCAGUGUUUGUCCAGAAAAAAUGUGUGCAUGCGUUUGUUUUGUAUGCAUAAGUGUGUGGUAUUGUGUUUGUAUGGGCUUGUGUCCACACCUACACUUCUGUCAUGCAUCUCAAUGCUCAUGUAGAAUCUGUUUCUCUCUGUGAUAAAGACGUGUCUCUCUUCCAAUGAUUCAUUUCUGGUAGAAACAAUCACAUUCCUUUUAAACUCUGGGAGGGGGGAACACCUACCUUCGGCAUAUUUGUCGUCAAGUGCCCCCCACUGUAUUUGUUUUAUUGUUUUUGACAUUUCAUUUACAGGAAACAAACAAAACAAAACGAAAAAAAAAAAAGGAUCAAAACAAGUCUGUCACCAAAAAAAGCAAAGGACAAGGAAAAGCCAAACUUUUCAAAUGUAGAUAUUGUUUUUGUGUCCUUUGUAUUUCCAUUAGUAACAAACAUGUAGAAACACACUGGUGAUGCUAUUUUGUGUCCAAUAAUCCACAAACCAUAAACAUCUUAAGUUAUUUAAAAAAAACUAUGGCUUGUACGUUCUUCGUGCCAACUUACAACUGUUACUGAUUUUGUCUUUGUUUUAUUAUAAGAAAUGUUGGAAAAAAAAAUUCAGAAUGUUUGUGAUAACUUUGCCACCUAAUGCUAUUUUCAUAUGGGUAUAAGAAGCUAAUGUGCUUAAAUCUA